CUUGCAGAAGCAGAAGAAGAGGGAAACACACAUGUACGGACACUACAUUUUUACCUAUUUGAUCCAAAGUGAAUUUUCUACUUGAGGGAAUUCACUAUAUCACCAGAAGUCUCAAGAUCAGUCGUGAAAUCAUGAUCAUUCGGCGUUUCUGAUCUGAUUAACAUUAGUAUGAACUACAGAAACACAGACUGAUUUGAGCAGGAUCAGUUGAUCUUCCGAUGUAGAUAUGAAGCUCAAAGAGCUAGAAAGCUGCCUUCAGCAGGUGGAUGGGUUUGAGGAGCCCAAAAUACUCCUGGAGCAGUACCCCACCAGUCCGCAUAUAGCGGGCUGUAUGUUGUACACCAUCCACAAUACAUUUGAUGACAUACAGCAUAAACUAGUUGCAGACUUGGGCUGUGGAUGUGGGGUUUUGUCUAUAGGAGCCGCAGUGCUUGAUGCUGGACUGUGUGUUGGAUUUGACAUCGACGAAGACGCUUUGGACAUAUUCAAAGGAAAUGUUGAGGAUUUUGAACUGUCAAACAUUGAUAUGGUCCAGUGUGACGUGUGCUCAAUUGGAUCCUCUUACACCAAGAAGUUUGACACGGUCAUCAUGAACCCGCCAUUUGGCACGAAGCACAACCAGGGUAUUGACAUGCAGUUCCUGCAGACAGCGAUUUCCAUGGCAAGUACAGCAGUGUAUUCCCUUCACAAGACCUCAACACGAGAUCACAUUCAGAAGAAAGCAAAUGAUUGGAAGGUGAAAAUGGAAGUCAUUGCAGAGCUCAGAUACGACCUGCCAGCAUCUUAUAAGUUCCACAAAAAGAAGUCGGUUGAUAUUCAAGUGGACUUCAUACGAUUCACUCCGUCAUAAACAUGUUGGGCAAAAAAGAGCUUGUGUUGCUUUGCAAAAUUGUAGUAUUAUUUUAUAGAUAAAAAUAAACUGUUAUUCAAAAUAA